AUUGAACAUUUGAUGUCCGAUAUCAGUUCGAUAAUCAAUGCUUGCUCUCAACAACGACCUGCUGUUUCAAACUUGCUUCUCAUGGUUUCCCAACACAUAGAGACCCUUCUGUUACACUCCCACGCCUGGCUACCAUGAGUGGGCGACUCUUGUCGGCCAGGCUCUUUCCUCUGGCCCAAAGGGCCAACAGCCAAGCAGCGCGUCAUAUCCAUCACCGAGUGACUUCUUCCGCAGGUGGACUACUUAGGACAGAGCCGGCUUCGAGGGCUGGACGAGGUAGAUGGCCGGCUGGAUACCUACCGUUCUCCAAUGCAGUCGUUGCCCGAAAUGCCUCCUUUGCUCGAGUCCUUCCUAAGCUGUUGCUUAAGUUUGCACGAAUACCAGCGUUGUUUGGGGGAGCUACAAUCGCCGGGUUAGCAUAUGUGCAAUACCAAGCUACACAGGCUGGAAACUAUGCUAUGGAUGUUUUCAACCGAACGAGCGACACUGUGAAAGGGGUGGCUGGAGGUAUAUUCGGCAGUGCCAAGGAUAUCGCAGACCAAACAAAAAGAGGAUGGAACAAUACAACAGAACAGGUCGAGAUGCCGGAAUGGUUGCAGAAGAUAUUACGGAUUCACGAAGAAAUUGGAACUGGUACUGGUGGUAAUGGGAAAGGUGGCCCAGAAGGAGAGGAGCCACCAAAACAGAGCAGAAUGGGAGCUGCUGCCGUCGGUGGAACUGCUGCCGCAUAUGGAUACGACCAGUCCACUGAAGAUGAUCCAAGAAGUGGAGAGGAAGUGGCCCGGGACGAUCAAAUGAUGGUUUUGACCAAGAAGAUGAUUGAGAUCCGAAGCAUACUACAGACUGUUGGUCAAUCAAAUGCCUUGACUCUUCCAUCCAUUGUUGUAAUUGGAUCCCAAUCUUCGGGAAAGAGCUCUGUGUUGGAAGCUAUUGUUGGACACGAAUUUCUACCAAAAGGUUCAAAUAUGGUUACAAGGCGGCCAAUCGAGUUGACUCUGGUCAACACCCCAGAUGCUCAAGCGGAAUAUGGAGAAUUUCCGGCUCUCAGUCUGGGCAAGAUAACAGACUUCUCUCACAUUCAAAGGACUUUGACGGAGCUCAACUUGGCUGUACCAGAUUCUGAAUGCGUCUCGGAUGAUCCCAUUAAACUCACAAUCUCGUCUCCACAUGUACCGGAUCUUUCCCUCAUCGAUUUACCUGGAUACAUUCAGGUUGUUGGGCACGAUCAGCCGAUUGAAUUGAAGCAGAAGAUAUCUGAUCUCUGCGACAAGUAUAUUCAGCCACCGAAUGUGAUUCUUGCUAUUUCUGCAGCAGAUGUUGAUCUCGCUAACUCAACGGCUCUUCGUGCAAGUCGACGCGUUGAUCCAAGAGGGGAGCGAACAAUAGGUGUGGUCACAAAGAUGGACUUGGUGGAUGCCACAAGAGGAGCCUCAAUUCUCAAUGACCGCAAAUACCCCUUACGCCUUGGCUAUGUUGGAGUUGUAUCACGAGUACCACCUCAAACGUCAAGUUUGUUCAAGAAGGGCAAUGAAGGCAUCGCAUCAGCUAUUUCUAAGAACGAGCAUGCAUUUUUCUCAUCGCACCCUCUCGAAUUUGGACCCGAGGCCGGUGUUGCUGUUGGAACCACGACCCUGCGCAAAAAGCUGAUGCAAGUCUUGGAACAGACCAUGGCUGCUAGUCUACAGACUACAGGAGAUGCCAUUCGGCAAGAGCUCGAAGAAGCAACCUAUGAAUUCAAGGUCCAGUACAACGAUAGACCACUGUCUGCGGAAUCAUAUCUUGCCGAAAGUCUAGAUGCCUUCAAGCAUUCUUUCAAAGAGUUCACUGAGAGCUUUGGCCGACCACAAGUCAGAGAGAUGCUGAAGGAAGAAUUGGAUCAGCGAGUUCUUGAUCUUCUCGCUUCGAGAUACUGGAAUAAGCCAGUCACGAGUCUCACGCCUACCCUACCCGAACCUGAUGCUUUAGCUGAUCUCCCUACCGCUGAUCCCGAGUCAUUAUACUGGCACCGCAAGCUCGAUGCUUCAAGUUCUGCCUUAACAAAGCUUGGAAUUGGUCGUCUUGCCACUACAGUUGUAGCAAACGCUAUUCAGGCACAUGUCGAUCGUCUUAUUUCUCAAAGCACAUUUGCAUCACAUCCUUUUGCUCGCCAAGCCAUUACGGAGGCAGCUUCAGGUAUUCUCAAUGAGAGAUUUUACAGCACUUCGGAUCAAGUUGAGAAUUGCAUCAAGCCUUACAAGUUUGAGAUCGACGUUGAGGAUGGAGAGUGGACGAGGGGACGAGAGAAUGUAGGCGAAGUCCUGAAGAACGAGCUUCGAGCUUGUGAAGAGGCGGUCAAGACUGUUGAGAAGAUUGCAGGUGGUCGAAGGAAACUGAAGGACGUUAUAGGCUUCGUGGACAAGGCACGAAAGGGAGAGGUUGAAGUUGUCGGUGAGGGCGCUAGUGGAGCUGGUGGCUUCUCUUCUGAUUUGCUCCAACGAGGCAAAGAAGCCAUCUUCCUACGAGACCGCGCCACCCUCCUUCGUAUGCGUCUCCAGGCCCUAAAGUCCAAACAAUGUGCCAAGAAGGAAAAUCGCUACUAUUGCCCCGAAAUCUUCCUAGAUGUCGUAGCCACCAAACUAACCUCAACCGCCGUCCUCUUUCUGAACGUCGAACUCCUCUCCGAAUUCUACUACAACUUCCCCCGAGAACUUGACGUGCGACUCGGCCGCGGUCUAAGCAAAGAAGAAGUAGAACGUUUCGCAAAAGAAGACCCGCGAGUCAAAGGCCACUUGGAAGUCAUCCGCCGGAAAGAACUCUUGGAAUUAGUCUUGGAGAAAAUGGAAGGUCUGAAAGCGCUAGAGGUUGAGGAGAGAGGGAAGAGAGCUAGGGGAAAAGGAGAGAAGAAAGCGAAGGGUGGGUGGAGUUUGUUUUAGAUGAUUGAUGUAACGAGGUAUGGGAUGGCGUUGGGAGUUGAGGUAGUAUGAUAUCACAUUCUUGUUUAUAAGCGGACAUCCCCUCUUUGUUCUUUGGUAGAUGUAUGGAUAUCCUUUCACGACAUAGCUGCGUCAUAUCUCCUGUGAUUGAGACCCGACUUUCGAUGAGUAUAUGCACUCUCCAUUUUUGGGACAUUAAAUGUUUAGAAAUACUGUAAAUAUCCUUGAUUGAGAUCUGACUUUGGGUUGUUGUAAGUGUUCUCUAUUCCUGGG